CUCCAAACUCUCGCCUCUUCCAGCAUGUUGCCGGGCGUGACCCAACGGGCAAUGAUGACGAGCCUCUCUACGUUUCGAGCCCAGAGGCCCUGCUUCAGAUGGCCAAAAAAGCCGUACCGGCGACGAAAGGAAACCCGCUUUGUGGCUCCUUGCUUCGUGCUCUCUUAGCUCUCACCCUACUGUCGAGCCGACUCAACGAAAUCGGACCUCAUGAAGCUUUUUUUCAUGUUCGCCCGGCACUUCACCGGCUCUCAAAUGGCGCAGGCCAAGAUGGCCCGACACCGUGGAAACCCCGAGUGGUCUUAUAGUGGACGUAUCCGGCCCCAAACGUGGGCCGGAGCACCUUCAGUGCUUCAGCUUUGGCUGCGGCAGAGACAAUGGGAGAUGUUUCGCCUCGAGACCGGCCAGGGAAUAGCCUGGGAGCAUGAGGCUCAGAUAUUCCCAGACCUACAGACCUUGGUCUCGUACUCCCGCAUUAUCGAUAACGCUGAUGCAACAUGGCACCUGGCACUUUGCUAUCACCUCGGAUUCGGCACGUCGUUGUCCCAUACUCAGGCGGUCGAACAUGCCAAAGCUGCUCGGAAACUUGGCCAUACAGUAUCACAGGUCUUCGGCUACGUCCUCCAGCCCGGUAUACAAUCCUCGACAGAUGCAUCAAGCCAUUAUCGAGAAAGGAUUACCAACCUGCUCAUCAGUCGCUUACGAUCGGUGCUUGCCUCGUGGGGACGUGAACAAUCUCGGUGCACUCAUUAAGAGCGAUGGGAACGUCCACACCUCCGACGACUGCGGCUGCACCCUCUUCCAGUGGCUGUUCAUGCUGGCAGACGACGAGCUUCGAGGAUGUAC